AUGCAAAAUACUGAAAAAGAGGGAAAACUACCUAUAAAAGCAUCUGUUUCAUUUUCCGUUCUUCCAUUUCAAUCAAGAUCCUUGACCACAUCUGUACCGCAUUAUAACGAAAUUAAAGAAAACUUUAUUAUAAUGUUUAUGCUGAUAAUAUUUCUGUUAUCAACUGCAUUCGUUUUUACUAACGACACAAUUGCUCAAAUAAUAGAUGAUGAAAGUUGUGAAACGUUGCAAUCAGAAGUACAUAUUACAAAAGACGAAUAUGACGAAAUAGGACGUUUAACAAGAACAUGCAGUGGAGAUAUACCUGUUACAAAAUGUGAAGGAUUUUGUAAUUCACAGGUACAACCGAGUGUUGCAAGUACUACAGGAUUUUCAAAGGAAUGCUAUUGCUGCCGCGAAAGUUAUUUAAAAGAAAGACUUAUUGCGUUACACCAUUGUUAUGAUGCUGAUGGAAUAAAAUUAUUGAACGAAGAGGACAGAAUAAUGGAAAUUAAAAUACGAGAACCAGCAGAAUGUAAAUGCAUUAAAUGUGGUGUCGACGAAUGUCAGGCAACUCCAGUUAUACACUUUUUGCAAUACCCAGGAUGUGUUCCAAAACCAAUUCCUAGUUAUGCGUGUAGAGGACGUUGCAGUAGUUACCUACAGGUGUCCGGAUCAAAAAUUUGGCAAAUGGAGAGGAGCUGUAUGUGUUGUCAAGAAAGCGGCGAGAGGGAGGCCAGUGUAUCCCUAUUUUGUCCAAGAGCUAAACCAGGCGAAAAAAAAUUCCGAAAGGUAAUUACUAAGGCACCUUUAGAGUGUAUGUGUAGACCAUGUACCAGUGUAGAAGAAUACGCAAUUAUUCCUCAAGAGAUUGCAGGAUUUGCUGAUGAAGGUCCGUUUACAACCUCCGCACAUUUCCGAAGAUCAUCCGAUUUGCAGUAA